UUGGAAAACAGGACAGAAGGCCUGCGAUUGAUGAGUUUGCCUUGGGAGGACAUAGGAAGGUGAAGUCAGACGUUAGCAUGGGGCAGAAGGUCACUGGGGGAAUAAAGACUGUGGACAUGAGGGACCCUACGUACAGGCCUCUGAAACAAGAGCUCCAGGGCCUGGACUACUGUAAGCCCACACGGCUGGACUUACUAUUGGACAUGCCCCCCGUGUCCUACGACAUCCAGCUGCUCCACUCUUGGAAUAACGACGACCGCUCGCUCAACGUGUUUGUGAAGGAGGACGACAAACUUAUCUUUCACCGGCAUCCGGUGGCCCAGAGCACAGACGCCAUCAGGGGGAAAGUGGGGUACACUCGUGGGCUGCACGUGUGGCAAAUCACGUGGGCCAUGCGCCAGCGUGGCACCCACGCGGUUGUGGGGGUGGCGACAGCAGAUGCCCCCUUGCACUCUGUCGGGUACACGACCCUGGUGGGGAACAACCACGAGUCCUGGGGCUGGGACCUGGGGCGGAACAGACUCUACCAUGAUGGGAAGAACCAGCCAAGCAAAACCUAUCCUGCCUUCCUCGAACCAGACGAGACUUUCAUUGUGCCAGAUUCUUUCCUGGUGGCCCUGGACAUGGACGAUGGGACGCUGAGCUUCAUCGUCGAUGGGCAGUACAUGGGUGUAGCCUUUCGGGGACUCAAAGGCAAAAAACUUUACCCAGUAGUAAGUGCUGUCUGGGGCCACUGUGAAAUACGAAUGCGCUACUUGAAUGGACUUGAUCCUGAACCACUGCCUCUGAUGGAUCUGUGCCGCCGGUCCGUCCGCCUCGCCCUGGGGAAGGAGCGCCUGAGUGAGAUCCAUGCCCUGCCCUUGCCAGCAUCCCUUAAGGGCUACCUUCUCUACCAGUGAUGUACCAGCUCAAGGCCCGCCAUCUGGGAAUCAGGAAAUCCAACUGUGCGAACCCACUGAGCCGACACUGGGGUCCACAGCACCCCCUCCACCUGCCCCUGCCCCGUCCGACUCCUCUCUUCCUCUUCCCGGCUAUUCCAACCUCACGAGCCAAGAUCUCCUUCCUCUUCCUUUCUCGCACCCCAGCCUUCUGCCAGAUCCAGACAGACCCUCGGGGCAGGUUCGUCCUGCCUUCAUCCCUUGGAAAUGGCUUCUCUGAGUGUGGGCAGAUGAGUGUCUGUUGUAUGUUUGGACUUGAUUUUCCCUUCUUUAAAGAAAGAGACGUUGUUUCUACAGAAGUACUGAGUGGUGUCCUGGUCCACUCUCGGGGAGGUGGUACGGAGCCCGCAGCUUCUGCCCAAACAGGACAAGACGUCACCUCCGGGGAUCCCCAGGCUCGAUGAUGGCUGGUUGGGGCAGGCCGGGAAGCAUCGAGGGUGCUUGGGAUAUGGACCGUUGACUUCCUUUGGGUGGCAAGUGUGGAACCUCAUGGGUUAUUGCUGCACAGGAAGUGCCGCCAUUGAUAAAGCUGAGAAUGCCAAAAACUCAUUUUGGACACUUUAAAAAAAAGAAAGAAAAGAAAAUGGGACCCUGGAAAAAGGCCGGAAAACAACUAGUGUCAUUCCCUAAGAUGUUGCCUCACCCUGUACUCUGUAUUUAUUCUUUCACCAACAAAAACCAAUUUAUUUAUUCCACAUAGAAAGAAAACAUCCCUUCCUCUCCAACGUGUGUCUUGUUGCCCUCCCACCUCCCCCCAUGCUGUAUCCCCUGCCCUUGGCCGAAUGUCACAGGUAGAGGUCUGGGGGGCUUCUUUGGUGGGUGGUGGUUGUUAUCUUGGCCCGUGGCUCCAAGGGACAUUAGGGCUGGGCCAGCUCCUUCCUCAGGCUACAGGAUUCACGUGCAAUAGUAAUGCCUUCAGUGGUCCUCUGAAGCAGCUAUAAGAGCCUACCACCCUCUUUUCCUCACCGCCACUUACCUCUUGGCCGGACAUCCUUGCCCAGGAGAGCCAGACGUACUGUCAAGAGUUAGCUAGAUUUUUUUUCAUCCUUUUGAGUUGUUCAAGUGUCUCAGUCAAGCAGCCAUCCUCCUCCUCCCCAGCUUUCCAUAAGAUGUUAAAAUAAUUACUUUGUCCAUUGGGGAAAUCAGGCCUUAAGGAGCCUUUCCAGGGGAAGAGAGGAAGAGAGAGUGACAGAGAGAAAGAGAGUGUGAGAGAGUGACAGAGAGAGAAAGAGAGAGAGGGAGAGAGGGACACCAUCAUCCAUCCUCCCCAAAGCCAGAAUUGGGUAUCUGGAAAAUUCAUUCUGCCUCAGAGAGCAGACCAGCCAGGCAGGAAGGCCCCCCAGUUCAAAUGGGGCUCCCUUGGUCGCUUCUUCUUGAGCUGAGGGAAAAUGGGUCGAGAGCCGCCCCUUCCUGGCAGUUCCUCCAAGAUGCGGCCCCCCCUCCCCACCCCAUUAUUUUGCACAUUUUAUUAACUUUGAGGUCGGUUUUGGAAUCCAGCUUUUGGUUCAGUUAUGUACAGGUACAAUAGAUGACUUUAUUUGUUUAAAAUGUUUAAUAUAUAUAUUUGUCUAUGUAAGAGAUGUUUUGAACAGCUGCUGUUGGAUACCUUUUUUUAAAAAAACCUACUUGGAGAGUAUAUUUUUAAAAGCCUAGAAUUGGUGCCAAGCCCGUGUGGGGAGCUGAAGUCGCCUCCCCCCAAACUGUUACUGUUCAUUGUUGUUGUUUUUUUUAAGGAAGAGAAAAAAAAAAAUCUCACCACACCUUGUCGGACCUCUGGGUCCUCUCCUCAUUUCUCUCACAGGGUGGGACACGUGCUAUUAUUAUUGGUGCACAAAAGAGAAUUUGACCUGUACAUCCAGCAUUAGAUUGCCUUGGCCCCCGCCUUCGUCUUCCACCGAUGCUGGCAAAGUCGCAAUGUCACCGUCCCCCUAGCAGCCCCCCACCUCUCCUCUCCUCUUGUGUCAGGUUCAGCCCACCCCCCCGUAUCGCCAUCCCAGUACAUAAUGGCUUGUUCGGUUUUAAAAGUCCUUUCUACUUUAUGGCUGUAGAGAAUACUC